UUGCCAACUCUCUCAUUUUCCAUAUUUUUCAUCACCUCUCACAUUUAUAUAGUAACACCAUUUUGAGUCUUGACGGAAGAAAAAAAACCCAAUUCAAAACCCCCGCCCGUCUACCACCACCUACGGCCACCGGAGCCACAAGAACAACGUAACCCAAGUCAAAGGUGGUGGCUAUACGCAAUUUUACGAUUACCCAUUAUGUCCUCACUACUGGACACCACACCACCAUCCACUCCCGGCAAAUUCAAACCUGAAAAAUCCUCCGCCGCCGCUUAUCUCCACCACCCACACCACCGUUAUCUCCGAUUACAUUCUUCACUAUCCAAGCUGACUUUUUAUUCCUUCCUAUUCUUAAUUCUCUUCCUCUUCUUUUUCCUUCUGUCUCCUCCUUCAACUUCUUACCAUUCACGUCCACCGCCGCUCCACCACGGCGGUCCGCUCUGGGAAAAACAAGUCGUUAAAUCGUCCCGCCCUAAAUCACGAGGUGGCUUAACGGUUUUAGUCACUGGUGCUGCUGGUUUUGUAGGUACCCACGUGUCGGCUGCUUUGAAACGUAGAGGUGAUGGCGUGCUUGGCAUUGACAAUUUCAAUCAUUACUAUGAUAUCAAGCUUAAAAGAGCUAGACAAAAGGUACUUGAAAAAUCUGGUGUGUUCAUUGUUGAAGGUGAUAUUAAUGAUAUGAUGUUGUUGAAUAAGAUUUUUGAUACUGUGCGUUUUACUCAUGUAAUGCAUUUAGCUGCACAAGCUGGUGUUCGUUAUGCAAUGCAGAAUCCUAAGUCUUAUGUUAAUAGUAAUAUCGGUGGUCUUGUUAAUUUACUUGAAGUUUGUAAGGCAGCUAAUCCACAGCCUGCUAUUGUUUGGGCUUCUUCGAGUUCGGUUUACGGUCUGAACUCAAAGGUGCCCUUUUCGGAGAAGGAUAGAACUGAUCAGCCUGCGAGUUUGUAUGCAGCUACUAAGAAAGCAGGAGAGGAAAUCGCUCAUUCUUAUAAUCAUAUCUAUGGUUUGUCGAUAACCGGGUUGAGGUUUUUUACGGUUUACGGACCUUGGGGUAGGCCUGAUAUGGCUUAUUUCUUUUUCACUAAGGAUAUUUUGAAGGGGAAAGAGAUUGGUUUGUUUGAGACAGCGGAUGGAAGGAGUGUGGCUAGGGAUUUUACUUACAUUGAUGAUAUUGUCAAAGGGUGUUUAGCUGCUUUGGAUACUGCUAAAAAGAGUACCGGAAGUCGUGGGAAAAAGAAGGGUGCGGCGCAAUUUAGGAUUUUUAAUUUGGGGAAUACUUCACCGGUGCCUGUUAGUAGGCUUGUUGCGAUAUUGGAGAGUCUUUUGAAGGUGAAAGCUAAGAAGAAAGUGUUGCCAUUGCCAAGAAAUGGGGAUGUUGAGUUUACACAUGCUAAUAUUAGUUAUGCGCAGAGAGAGCUUGGAUAUAAGCCUACUACUGAUUUGGAAACUGGGCUUAAGAAAUUUGUGAGGUGGUAUCUUCAACAUUAUUCAGGUUCAAAGAAGGGUUCUUUGUGAUUAACAAACUCGAUUUAAAUUUGAGUUAUGAAUUUUUGCACAUACAUUUAGAUCUUCCUUCAUUUACCAUGGUACAGGGAGGAAUGUGCUGAAAUUUGUUUUGCUUGUUGAUUGAUGAACAUGUUUUUAGCGGUGCAUAUAUGAUUUGUAUCAACAGGAAAUGGUUAUUUAUUUUUUAAUUCUCCCCACAUUUUGCUUCA